AUGGCCUUCAAGAAUGGGCUGAGUGAACGCCUCGACGAGCUCCGUUUCCCUUCUCCUCGCUCCCCUCCCUCCGAGUCGGUCUUUCCUGGAUAUACAUCACUAUCGCCCGGCCACUCCAACUUUGGAUCGGGCUUCUCACGGCCCUCAGGGGAUGUCCGGGCCAAUCUGCAACGCCGUUUCACCACAGACUCGAGCAAGUUGACCUCGUCAUGGAAUUAUCUCAAUUCGGGCCCCACGCAACUGCCAGACCCUCUUGAUCUGCUGUCUUCGUUUGAGAAGAAACGCCAGCAUAUCGAAUAUAUGAGAGAGCAGAAACGGCGCUUCGAAGAGGACAUGAAGCUGCUGGACAUGCAACACGAGAAGGAGAAGAUCGAAAUGGAUCAGCUCGCUCGCGAUUUGGCCAAGGCUGGCCUCUCGGGGCCAGUGAGCGAGCCGACGACCCCUCCUGAGCAUGUCGUCGAGCCUAUAGUCUCUUCAGUCUCUCGCCCCGGCAUAUUCUCAACUUCCAGUGUCACUUCGUCUCCGGGAUUCUUCUCGGCCUUUGCACCUUCCUCGCAGUUGACUUCGCCUCAAGGCCCCUCCCACUCGCAUUCGUCUCAAUCCAACCAUCAGGCAGUCGAUCGAUUUGCUGGCCACUCGAUGCCUACGUCUCGUCGCAACUCAGAGAAAGAAGAAUUCAUCAUGGACAAUGCCCCUUUCCGUCCCGGACCUUCGCAACAUCGGUAUUCCCUGCCUAGCAAUAAUUUCAGCAGCCCUCCCUAUCGAUCCAACGUCUCCACAUCUGGCUAUAAAUCUCCCUCUGGUAUCGAUUCCUUCGCUGCUACCAAGCACCUCUUCCACAUCGACGACCUCAGCAUGAAUCCUCUCAAGGACGAGGAUCGACUCUCUACCCCGGACAUCAAGGGGUACAUUAAGAUGACAGAGCCUGACGAUAAGUUCCCCACUCUGUCUCGCCGAGGCGGCUCCAACAUCCUCUCUGCGAACCCCGAUGCGCAUGAUCUCGCCAACGCUCGCACCCCGGGCCCGGAGUCAUAUGCGUUCCACAGCCGCUAUCGCAACAGCCACCAGAGCAUGCCGCAGAACCUGACCGGUGCCAAGCGCUUCGAGCAGUUGACCAGCCCGGCCAAGGAAGAUCGUAGCACUGCAGCCCACCCCCGCCACUUUUCUCGUCACUCGCUCGAGGGUGGAUUGAUCUUCUCAAAUGAGCGCAGUGCCGAUGCUCGGGCUUCGGUGUCUUCUACCCGCCCAGCUGGACUGCAGUCUUCCUAUUCGACCAAUGAUUUGCCAACUGUUAAGGGCAGUGGCUUUGAUGCGGCGAUCACUCCUCCUAAGACUAAUGCUGAGCACCUUCACCAGCACAAUGCCAGCAUGGGCCGCAUCCCCACUGGAGCAAUCAACGCCCGGUCUGCCAAGGAGUCUCCUGAGACUGAGAUCAUCAAGGGUAGCUUGCCCGUGCAGACAAUGCUUCAGGCUAAUGCCGCGCCUUUUGGUCCUCAGUUGACUUCUGCCACAUCUAACAACGGCAUUGCAAGCUCUGCUGCCCCGGUUGGUGUGCCAUUCCCGCCUCUGUAUGGUUAUGCAAUCCAGCCGUACGUCGCACAGCCGGCCCAGACCACCAACCAGAUUGCCAAUUUCGGACAGGCCAAUGGUUACGCUGCUUAUCCUGCUCCUGCAUUUGCGGCUAACAACUACCGCUUCAACGAUGCUGCUGCUCGCGGUGCUGUCACUCAACGCCGGCAAACCGAGAGUGAUGCUGGACAGGCCACUCGCUACGCGAACUUCCCUAUCGAGCACUACAAGGGCGAUCUGUACAGCCUUUGCAAGGACCAGCAUGGAUGCCGAUACCUGCAGCGAAAGCUGGAGGAGCGUAACCCAGAGCACGUGCAGCUCAUCUUCGCCGAGACCUACAUGCACGUGAUUGAACUGAUGACCGAUCCCUUUGGUAACUAUCUGUGCCAAAAGCUCCUGGAGUACUCAAACGACGAGCAGCGCACCGCCCUCAUUGAUAACGCUGCUCCCCAGCUCGUCAAGAUCGCGCUGAACCAGCAUGGUACCCGAGCUCUUCAGAAGAUGAUCGAGUUCAUCUCUACCGCUCAGCAAACUCAGACUGUCAUCGAUGCUCUGAAGAACCACGUUGUUGAGUUGGUCCAGGACUUGAAUGGAAAUCACGUCAUCCAGAAGUGCUUGAACCGUCUGAACGCAGAGGAGGCUGAGUUCAUCUACGAGGCUGUGGGUACUCACUGUGUCAUCGUCGGAACUCACCGUCAUGGAUGCUGUGUUCUGCAGCGCUGCAUUGACCAUGCCUCUGGUCCUCAAAAGGCCCGGUUGAUUGCUCAGAUCACCUCGAACUCGUUUGCUCUUGUCCAGGACCCCUUCGGGAACUAUGUGGUUCAGUACAUCCUGGAUCUUGCGGAGACCCGCUUCAUCAAUCCUCUGUGCCGGACGUUCUCUGGAAACAUCCCUUCUCUGUCCAAGCAGAAGUUCAGCUCCAAUGUGAUUGAGAAGUGCCUGCGCACUGCGGAUAACUCCGUUCGCCGUGAAAUGAUUGAUGAGGUCCUGAAUGGCAACGAGCUGGAGAAAAUGCUGCGUGAUUCCUUUGCCAACUACGUUGUUCAGACUGCUAUGGACUUUGCCGAUGCGGACACCCGCCAGCGCAUUGUUGAUGCCAUUCGCCCCAUCCUGCCGUCCAUCCGCCAGACUCCCCACGGCCGCCGCAUUGCGGGCAAGAUGAUGGCUGCGGAUGGCUCUGGCCGCUCUAGUGCCCAGAGCAGCGGACAGGUGACCCCCAACGAGGCCACCACUAGUACCCAAAUCCCGAAGCACAUCCUUGCGAAGCCUUACUCUUUCCAUUCGGCUUCUAGCUCUUUGCAAACUACCAAUGGUUCCAGCGGUUUCAAUGGACAUCCAUUUUCGUCUGGCGCCACUUCUCCUCCCAACGCCGAACCUAGCGAGGGUACCGCGAUCUACAGCUCGCCCCCACCUCCUGUCAAUGGUCACAUUGGCGCUCAGGGACAGGUUUAUGCUGGUUACUACUAG